GGGGAGAGAGAGAGAGAGAUAAAGGCAGAGAGGGUCUCCAUUUUUUCCCUGUGACAGACAGAUACUGCUAUUUGGUUUGGUUCCAUUUCCUCCACACUUGAAAACUCCAUUUUCUUUCUGGUUUCUGGAGGAAGAGGGAGAAGAAGAAGAAGAAGAAACAAGAGUGUUGGUGUAAUAAUGCUGAGGAAGAGAUCAAGAUCACACCAGAGAGAUCAUCAGCUUACAAAUAACUCGAUGGCCUGUGCUAUACCAGCUUCCUGUUUUCAUUCGGAUUCGUCGAAUAAGAGCCAUAAAAACCUCGCAUUCCUGAAUGUCCCCAGCCUGUUCGUGGGAUCAUCGAACCGCAAGAGCCCAGACUCUGAUUCGUCAAGAAGUCCAACCUCGCCGUUAGAUUUUAGGAUAUUCUCAGGCUUCGGCAAUCCAUUUAGGCGUCCGGGAGCUGCAUCGCCAAAUGAGGGGUACCCGAAGAGCUGGGAUUGCUCCAAAGUUGGCCUCAGCAUUGUAGAUUCUCUGGAUGAUGAAGAUAAACAACCAGGGAAUGCUGCAAGGAGAUCAUACGAUAAUAAAACGAUUAUCUUUGGUCGACAAAUGAGUGUUAGAAGUCUAAGCCCCGGCAGCCAUGCCAAUUCUGUGGAGAUACGAAGUUCAUCUCCGGAAAAAACUCCUGUUCUUCCUAGUACCGACACUAGAUCACCAGAUGUCCAAAUGGGAAACUCUAGUGUUGUUUUUGAGAUCGGACAAGUCCCGUCUGAAAUCAAGUUCGAACAUUUCUCUUCAUUGGAUUCUGGAAGGCAAGCAUCGCCAUUGAUGAAUUCAGUUCCUAAGAACACCAAGACCCUGCUUAUCCCACCUGAGCAUAGAUUUCUUGGAGGAAGCUUCAACGAGGGCCGUUUUGUUGGUUCUGUUACAGCAAGUGAAAUCGAGCUCUCCGAGGAUUAUACAUGUGUUAGGACACACGGUCCAAAUCCAAAAGUUGUUCAUAUCUUCUGUGACUGCAUUUUAGGAUGUCAAAGUGACCAGGUAGCCAAUUUAAGUGAGGAUGGCUACUUACCUCCUACUGCUUCUUACCAUUCCAACGAUUUCUUGAAAUUCUGCUACACUUGCUGCAAGAAACUGGAGGGUCAAGACAUUUACAUGUACAGAGGCGAGAAGGCGUUCUGCAGCUAUAAUUGUCGCUCGCAGGAGAUGGAGGUUGAUGAAGCCAUGGAGGAAACUGACGAUAACAAAGAUACUUCUGCAAUCCCCUAUGAAGUAAACAGAUUCGGAGAAUCUUCAACAAGCAACAUAUCUAUCACUACAUAAGUUGCUGCACUGCAACAAUGUAUCCGCUGUGCCCACGAAUGGAACUCUGCAGUGUAGGUGGACGAUGAUGAUCCGGUUCUGAAUCCGAUCAUUUGUCCAGUUAUCAAGAGCUGUUUUCUGUACCUGUUUGCAGCCUUGGAUAAUCACACAACCUCAUGCUGGUAGACUUUCAUCCCUAUGUGGGUGUAGUGUGCAGUGAGUGUAUGGAAUAAGCUGAUAUUGAGUUACCCUGAACUUUUACAUAGGGAUAACAAGAGAAUGACUUUAAUUUUGGCGAUGUUAAAGAAAAGGGUAGUAGCCCUUUAAAGUGGCUUCCCCACCUUUUAUCAUA